AUGGGCGUGGCACAAGGACCGAGCCUGUCAACCACGUGCAAGUCGGGCGACUGCGUCGACACAUCCUCUCCUUGCAAGGCUUUGAAGUCGACUGAAACGUUUUCUUGGACCGAAGCAGACACAUAUUAUACCAAGCUGUUCAGAGCGUGGGACAAUCUUCCUAUCCACGAUGCAUCCACAGAAACGGAACUACUGCUAGAGCUAGACCACAUCAUUUCGCUUUUCGACUCGUACAUCGGGCACAAUGACCUUGGGUUUCGGGCAUGGGUGAGACGCCAUCAGCGCGCCAUGGACCUCGGGUUGGUAGAGACGCCGACGUGGCCAAAGCUAUACAGACUGAAGGGUGGAAAGCAGAAGUGGCGAGACGAGGCCUGGGUCAGUCGCUACAGUUUUUUGGUCAAUCAGCGCGACAUAAUUACGAAAAGCAGACUGCAACGCAUAACUUGCUGUGAGCUUGCAGACAAAAAGUGCUUCUUUGGGCUCUCGUGGGCGUAUCCGAGACAGACUGUCCGAACCGUCCAGUCCACGCAGCCUGCGCGACUGCGGAAUCGUUGGUACGAGCCGCUGGACAAUUGCCUCGCCAGAAUGGCGGCCGAGUCACACGGACGAUUGGACUUUUACGCGCUUCAUGCAGAGUUUUGGGGGACUGGCACGCCGGCUGACACGGUGGUGACGGCGGGCGACUGCAAGGUUAAAUGCGAACCUUUGGAAGACGUUGAUGUGAAGCAUGUCGGAUGCAUUAGGAAUAAAGUCUAA